GUCGUCACUGCGUCCACCGGGGGCGUGAAUUUAUUUCACCUGUUUCCACGGAGCAGUGACCCGAGCACGACACGAGGCUUGAGAUGAGACAAGACUUGCAUGUAAACGUUUUCUAGUCCUCAAAGCCAACGUUUGGGUUGUUUUUACGCAAGGUAUAUCCAUCGCGUAAAGUAGUUUUAGCCCUACUUCUUUCCAUUCGGGAUGGCAACAUUUGCGCACACGGACUACUUCGCCGCAGAGUGUUUGGUGUCUAUUUCCACAGGACCCGUGUUUCAUUGUCCUGCAGCCGGGAUUCCUAAUCUAGCAGGGGCCUCACAGAGCCACCCCCACGCCUCGGUGGAGGACAGGCAGGUUUUGGACAUGCUGAAAGAGGGGGUGUUUGGAUCGGUGUCCGGCAGCAGCAGCAGCAGUAGCAGCAGUAGCUGUAUGAACUCAGGAGGCGCAGACGGCAGGUCGUUUUGGGAAAGUUCUUAUCCCACCCUGUCCGACGCCACCUGCUCGGCGCCGGGCCAGCCUGCCGACACAGAGCGCCAGAGCUCAGCAGCUGUCAAAAGACACUGCUGCACAUACAGAGACUGUAACAGGACGUAUGGGAAAUCCUCUCACCUGAAGGCGCAUCUGAGGACGCACACAGGUGAGAGGCCCUUCCCCUGCACCUGGCCCAGCUGUGAGAAGAGGUUUGCUCGCUCUGAUGAACUGGCCCGCCACACCCGCACUCACACAGGAGAGAAGCGCUUUAUUUGCCCCCUGUGUGAGAAACGCUUCAUGCGGAGUGACCACUUGUUGAAACACGCUCGCCGCCACCCAGGCUUCCAGCCCAGCAUGGUGAACCGCAAGGGGGACGGGCCUCACUGAAGGGUUUCACCUCGACAGACUCCCAGUGAAGGGUACCACUUUACAAUAAGAUUACCUUUAUGAAGGGUUUAUAAAUGGAUGAUAUGGAUUAUACUGGUUUCUUAGGUUAUGAAUUAGACUUAAUAAAUCGUUGAUAAACAAUCUAAACAAGUUAUGACAGAGUUUUCAUACAUCGAUAUUGGCUCACUAUUUGGCAAGAUCAAGUAAAGUAAGCCAAGCAACUAGCAAGAUCUGAGAUUUAACAGAAUAGAUUGAUCUUGCCAAAUAGUGAGCCUGCACCCAUGUCUGAAAACUGUUAUAACUUGUUUAUUAAUGAUUUAUGAAGUGUUAAAAACCUACUUAAUAACUUAAUUAUAAACCACUCAUAAACACUUGAUAAGGGUCGUCUUAUUGUGAAGUGGUACCCAAUGAAGUGCAGUGAAGUUUGGAAAAAGUCUUAGCUGUAGAGUUUGUGAUGGCAGUAAAUCUGAAGAGGAAAGGACUUUGUCUUACAGAAGGAGCAUCAUACACCAGCUACUUGUUUACAGAAACUAUAUCCUCAACAACUGGACACCUCACUGUGUUGCUACUGUGGCUCUAUGCCAUCAAUAAUAAUGAUCAGGGUACAUUGUUAUUAUUGCUUCUGUAUGCCUGAUGAGUUUUGAUACAAUGGAUUUAUUAAAUCUGCUGCUGUGUAGAAUGUGGUGCUUGAAUAAUAUCUUACACUACAGGAUUUAGAGUGUAUGGCAUCUGUUUUAUUUAACAAAAUAUGAAAACCUAUUUAUUAAGACCUUGUAAUUGUCAAACAGCUGACAAAAUUGCACUCUGUCAAUUUUUCCCUUUUUUCUAAAUUUGGUUUAACUGUGGCUGCUAAUGACAAACUCAGUGAAUUUCAUAUACUUAUUAUGGAUAGGCAGAAUUUCACUUGCUAAUUGGCAACAUUUCUGUUGUUUUCUCUGUGAAAACCAAUUGUCUUGAAUAAAUUUAUAAUGCCUGUUA